AUGGAGUUUGGAGAUCACACUGAGAUAGGAGAGCAUGGCAUCAACCUAAGUGGUGGCCAGAAACAGAGGAUACAACUUGCUAGGGCUGUAUAUCAAAAUUGUGACAUAUAUCUUCUCGAUGAUGUUUUCAGUGCUGUUGAUGCUCAUACUGGAUCAGAAAUAUUUAAGGAAUGUGUGAGGGGAGUGCUUAAAAACAAGACGGUUUUAGUUGUAACUCAUCAAGUUGACUUCUUGCAUAAUGUUGAUCUUAUUUUGGUCAUGAGAGAUGGGAUGAUAGUACAGGCUGGAAAGUCUAAUGAUUUGCUAAAUUCUGGCCUGGAUUUCAAACAGCUAGUAGCUGCCCAUGAAACCUCCAUGGAACUUGUAGAAAUGAGCACCACUAUUCCCAGCAAAAGUUCCCCCAGUCCUCAAAUAUCUCCACAACUCUCUUCGAACCACCGGGAAGCCAAUGGUGGAAACAACUCUUUGGACCAACCAAAGUCUGAUAACAGGACUUCUAAACUCAUCAAAGAAGAGGAGAAAGAAACAGGCAAAGUGAGCUUGCACGUUUACAAAGGUUACUAUCUUGCAUCAUCUCCUGAAUUAACUCGACUCGAUUCGAUCACAAAAGCUCCUGUUAUCCAUCACUUCUCAGGGAGCAUAUCCGGAGUUAUGACAAUCCACUCUUGCAGAAUGCAGAACAUGUUCUCCAAGGAAAAUGUUAAAACGGGUUAA